AUGAGUGUGGCUGACGCCAAAGCCAACAACUAUUGUGCCAGAACCUCACGGCACUCACGCCGCCCGCCUGUUUGCCGUCUGAAAAUUCAACGUCAUGGACCGCUUGCUAUCCUGCGGACUACCGCUAGAAUCGAUCGACCGUUGUUGAUCUCUAAUGGAUCACUUCUCGAUAGUGUUCAUGUUGCUGGACCGCUGGCAUAUAUUUCAACAUCAGGAUAUGAUGAUGAACGAGCAGUGACUGGUGCUCGACUCGGUGCCUACGUACCAUCAAAUGUCCAUAUUUUAGCGCACGACUCCAGAUUUGUGUGCUUAUCUGGCCCUGCGACGGCUUGGGACUUCAAAACAGCGGUUCCAGCUGUUAAUAAUAUUUUGCAAUUGGGUGAUGUUUCCAAGUGGGACGGAUUUGUGAGGCCACCUGUUCAUUACUACAAUCGUGGGGCAUCAUUUUGGGCCCGCGGUUGGCUAAUGGUGUUUGCACUCGCUCAACGGAUACUAAUCAUCGAAAACUUGGAUAGUAGAGUGUAUUCUACACCUAUCAUCGUUAAUAAGUAUUCCAUAAUGAAUCUUAUUCAAUGUGGACUUGUGAUACACCACAUAUACUGGUAG